ACCACGGUACUGAGUCCUCAGCAAUCACGCACUAUGUUCAGUGAGUUCCUUCUGUUGGGAUUUUCUGAACUUGGCCAAUUCCAGUUUCUCCUCUUUGCUAUGUUUCUGGUUGUCUACUUACUGACUCUGAUGGGAAACUUCUUCAUCAUCUUCCUAACAAAAACUGACACCGCCUUGCACAGUCCUAUGUAUUUUUUCCUCCAAAACCUGUCCUUUGCAGAAGUUGGCUUUAUAUCAACUAUUGUCCCUAAGAUGCUGGUGAACCUUCUAUCAGCAAAAAAGACCAUCUCUUUAUCAGAAUGCAGGGCACAGAUGUAUUUUGUCUUUUUCUUUGGAACCAUGGAGUGCUUCCUUUUAACGGUAAUGGCAUAUGAUCGUUUUGUUGCCAUAUGCAACCCUUUACGUUAUCCAGUCAUAAUGAACAGGACAUUCUGUGUGCUGCUGGCAAUGGCAGCAUGGACAUCAGGAUUCCCUGUUGGGCUCAUAAAGAGUACCUGGGUGUUUAGUUUCCCAUUCUGUGAGUCCAAUGCAGUUUUUCAUUUCUUCUGUGACACUCCCGCAAUUCUACAGUUGGCCUGUGGAGAUACUCACCGAUUUGAGUUAUUUUCACGCAUAGGAACUUCUGUUAUUAUAUUGUGUCCUUUUACAUUGAUCCUGACCUCAUAUAUCCGUAUUAUCAUCACUAUCCUGAAGAUGCCUUCAGCUGAAGGGAGACGGAAAGCCUUCUCCACCUGCUCUUCACACAUCAUGGCCGUGACUCUGUUCUUUGGCACAGCGAGUCUGACUUAUUUUCGACUCAAGACAAACUAUUCUGCAGGGGUCAAACGGCUGCUUUCCCUCUCCUAUACAGUCUUUACCCCCAUGCUAAAUCCCAUCAUUUAUAGCCUUCGCAGCAAGGAGAUGAAGGGGGCCUUUAGUAGGAUGCUGAGGAGGAAAAUAAAUCAAUGCAGAUUGUGA